CGAGCCAGAAUUUCUCUGUGUAGUUUUGGUGCCUGUCCUGGAUCUCACUCUGUAGACCAGGCUGGCCUCGAACUCACAGAGAUCUGCCUGGCUCUACUUCCCGAGUGCUGGGAUUAAAGGCGUGUGCAGCCACCGCCCAGCCAAAUAAUUCUUAAAUAAUGACUCAUCGGAGGAAGUCCCAACCCCAAAUGUAGCAACUAUGAUUUAGUUGGUCUUUAGAAUCUGGGGCUUAGAAAUUUUUCCUAAUAAUUUAUGCUGUCUUCCAUGUGUGACCACAGCCCUGUAAGCCAUGUCUAGCCUCUAAAGCAGUUGGUAGUAGAGAAAAAGAGCAGCUUGUGCUCUGGAUGAUGGGCAUUAUUCUGAAUGGAACUGUGUAGGGACCUGGUGAUUCUGGAUAGGAUCACAAUAGACCAGAUGUCACCCAGUGAUAUCCUUGUAACCAUAGUCCAGCUGUCCCUGGCAGAAAGAGGGGCAGGAUGAGUAGAGAAAUCACAUUGUAGAUGCUGGUCUCACUGGCCCCGCAAACAGGAUGCUGAUGAGGGACCCUUAACAGGAUGUGGGGUGGUAAAGGGCAGUGAAUCUUUCCCAGGAAAGAUUGAUUUCUGAAGGACUGCUUAAUCACGAGUAACUGAGAGUAGAAAACUGCCACUUUUAAUAUUAAUAAGAUGUUCCAUUUUGAGAAAAUGCUUAGCACAGUGUGAUAUGAAGCCAGGGAACUCAGCUUUCUUAUCAGUAAAAUUAAAUAAAUUGAGCAGAAAAUUUUAGUGUCAUCUUUGAUCCAAUUCUUGAGCUUUCCCAGACCUACAAAAUCAGAAUCUGGGGUAGGGGGGUAUUAUUGCCCAUGUUCUAACAAGCCUUCUGGAGAAUUCUGAUGCUAGAAUUUAAGAGUAUUGUCUAGAUCAUAGUCAAGAUUCUGGUACUAACAUGAGAGGUAGUGGUGCUUUUGGGGCUAAAACCCAGGAGUUCACACAUACUAGACACAAACCCCACCACUGAGCUGUAUUCCAGCUCACAACUAUUCUAAUGCCCAGUCUGUCUGUGGUACGUUAGAAAGAGUUAGCCUCUGGAGAACUGCAGUUUGUAUUAAAUACUGCCAUUCCCCUGAUCCAGCUCCUAAGAACAAAACUGUCAUUCAAGGCUCUUCCGUAGAGACAGAAAAUCUGGGAACCCGUACAGCCUCUGGACUCUUAUCAGUCAAGCUGAAGAUGGCUCCUUUCCAUGGUGGGCUUAUAAUAAAGGAACAGAAUCAAAAAUAACUGUCAGUCCCUCUGGCCAGAGAGCCCUGUGGACUUCUGUUGUUGAGAUGACCUCCCUGUCCCCCUUCUGAGCAAGAGAGGGUCAGUCCCCUUUUCAGUGUCCUGCAAUUCCAGUUAUGGGCAAGGUGGUAGGCACAUGGAUUUUGACAGUUUUAAAUGAUGUGUCCUAUGGCAGCAGUUGUAACAGCCCACUGAGGGUUCCUGUGAGUCAGGAGAGAAAGUUUUAAUCAACUUGGGCUCUUAGUGUGCAGGAUGGGACCAUGCCGGGAAGGUACUUAGGGCUGCCCUGGUAUCGGCUGGUCUAUGACUGUUCUUGUGUACUAGGCCUGUUGCUUGUCACACUGCCUUUCCUUCUUGGUCCUUGAAGCCACCGCCUAAUCAGUAGAUAUCUUAAAGGCUAUAUCUAGUAAAGUAGGACAAGGGAAUUGAGGUCUGUCUAGUUCCUGAAGUUUUUGUCUGAUACCUGGGAAGGCCUUUGGGACUCUCUCUGUCCAGGUUAGUGUGUGUUUGUGUCCUCAGGGCCAAUCUGGAAUGAAGUAAAACUGGUUCUCAGUGGGCCUCUUUGAAUUCUUUCAAUUUGAUAGAAUUCAUAAGUUUCCUUGUGGCCUUUUUCAUAUCUUCUGUUACCCAUGAGCACAGGUAAUUAUGACUCCCCUUUCUAGAGCUUUAUCUGGGUAAGUUCACCCAUGGCCUGUUUGGAAACUGCUUCUUCCCCAGGAGGGGCUUCCAUGGUGCCUGAGUAUGGUUUCUAUUGCUGUGGUAAACACCAUGACCAAAAGCAACUUGGGGAGGAAAAGGGUGUCUCAGACUUAACACCUGGCAGUCCAUCACGAAGAGAAGUCAGGACAGGAUCCUGGAGGUAGGAAUUGAAGCAGAGGCCACAGAGGAAUGUGCUUCCUGGCUUGCUUCCUAUCAGUAGCUCAGACUGCUUUCUUUUACACCCCAGGAUUACCUUCCCAGGAUGGCAUCACCCACACUGGGCUGGGCCCUCCCACAUCAAUCAUUAAUCAAGAUGGUGCCCCAUAGGCUUGCCUACAGGCCAUCUGUAUUGAGCAUUUUAGUAAUUGAAAUUCCCUUUCCCCAGAUGACUCUAGCUUGUGUUGCAUUGACAGAAAAAAAUCUAACCAGUGCACAAGGGUUACAGGCAUGAGCCUCAUUGACCCAUUUCUUGACCAGUAACCAAAUUCCUCAUGCAUAGGAGAGUGGUAGAUUGACAGUGUUUGGCCCCCAUAAGUUCAUAGGAAGUGGCACUGUUGGGAAGUGUGGCCUUGUUAGAGAAAGCUUGUCACUGUGGGGGUGGGCCUUGAAGUCUCUUUUGCUUAAGCUUCGCUCAGUGUCACAGCCACUUCCUGUUGCCUUCUGAUCAAGAUGUAGCCAGCACCAUGUCUGCCUGCACACCGCCAUGCUGCCUGCCAUGGUGAUAGUGGACUGAACCUCUGAAACUGUAAGAAAAAGCCACCCUAAAUAAAUGUUUUCCUUAUAAGAGUUGCCGUGGUCAUGGAUGGUGUCUUCACAGCAAUAGAAGCCUUAACUAAGUCAAGGAGACAAUUUAUAUAGUAUAUGAAAUUCUUUAAUGAAGUGGAGGGGUCUUGAUUAAAAGAGCUGUUCAGUUUCAGUGAGGGUAGAGUCAAGCGAGGGAAAGAAUACAUAGACUCGGAUGGUUUCCAGUUCUCUGCUGGUGCCUCACAGAAUAGAUGUUAGGCCUAUUCUGUCCGGUGGGAGGGAUCCCCCAAGUAGGUGUGCCAGAGGGAGAGAGUGUCGGGGCCUCAAGAUAUGGGGGAGAGCUACUGAGACGGUGGGUAUGGCUAGUGAUCAGUAGGACGAGGUGGACAACUGUCCUUCUAAGGACCCUAAGGACCUGGCCAGGCACCCACAGCGGGUUUGUCACCGAUUUGGAGCUGGAGAAAGGGGACAUGAUAGAGUGGCUAUGGUGAACACCAAAUCAUUUCCAAAGGUUGUAAGAGAACAAAGCAAACAGGAGACCAGUACUGCAGUUGGGGGUACUGAUUAGGGACCAUGCCUCUUUGUCUCAGAGCCAAGCCAUGAGACAAAGGAACACAGAUGUUUCAGAGUCUGGGGUUCAAUUUUUUCUCCAGUUUGUUUUUUUUUUCCAAGUGUCCCUCACUCCUACCCCCGGGGGUGAGUCUGACGGGAGAGGGGGUGACUGUCUCAUGAUGGGGAGAUCAGUUCCCUACUCUAACAGACACCCUUCCAGGGAAAAGGGCCCUAGGUUCAAGACAUUUGAUGUGCACUUUCAAAAAGGGAUAGCUUGCCUUACUAAAGGACUUCCUGAGAAGAUGUCCACAAGGGACUUGAGGUGCAGAUGUCAAAGAGGGCAUUUAACUUACUAAAAGGAUGUCUUGGCACUGGAACCAACAGUUAAAAGUUCAGGGACACUGGAUACACGGCCCGGGUUCUGCAGUCUGAUGUCACGAAGAAUCCUCAGAUGAAUGGAGUCAUUCUCAGGAGAGGCAGAAAGGAAGGAAAGAGAAGCUAUAGGGCCUCCAGAAGUAUUCACCACAAUGUAUGCAGAGUCCCCCAGGGAGAGCUGCCGUGGCCUGCUGCACAGAGUACUGAGAACAGGGAAUGAGGAGAAACAGAAAAGAGUCCUUCCUUACAGACUCUGUCUCAAACCUUCAAUUCCACCAGGGUUGUCCUUAGUUGGCGACUGUCAGAUACCACAGGAGGAGAGACCUUCUGUUGAAAGGUGGAAGACAGCUGUGGAGUGUGAGAGAAGGGAGGCCUUUGUUCCACACAGGACUGGUCUCAGCAAGGAUUCCUCAGCUGUCCUCAUUCUUCAGUGGAAUUGUUCAGCAGUCCCGAGGCAGAGAGAAGACUCCCAGAGGAACUCUAGUCCCUCACCCCCAGCAACAGAGGACCAUGCCCUGGAGCAUGGAAACCUGGUCCUACUGGGUGGGAGUUGUCCCAAGUAGAGGCUGUCCGUCCUCUCCAAGCACUUAUGGAGCUUACCAAGGAUCAUGAGGAAUGGAAGCAUGUAGUGAUGUGCCCCAGAGUCCAUGCAGACAAAUGUGAUGUGGGUCAGAUUCAUACAUGGUUAAAAAGAAUUCACCAAUCCAUAUCAGAGUAAAAAAGAUAACCUUACAAACAUUUCAAGGAAGCAGUGGGCUGGGCAAGGACAAAACCUGCCUCAAGAUGAUGGAUUAUGAUAUGCAAAUGAGGGUAGUUCUGAUUGGUCAGUGUUCCCUCUGGGCUGGGCCUGCUUAAUUUUGAUUAGUCAUUCCUAUGUGCCACUCACUCACAGUUUGUGAUGUCUCAAUGGGGACAGAACCAGAACCCUGGAAGACAGCCUUUGCUUGGAGUAAUUCAGCUUCUGCCUUGAGUGUCAUAGCCACCAUCUGAACUACGUAGCUGCUUGGGCUCUCAUUAAAGUUGAGCAGCUGUUGACUUAAGCUGAGGCUUAAUCCUGAAUCUCUUGGCAAACUCUAGUAUAUUUGUAAAAAAAAAAAAAAAAGUCAGUGUUUUACUUUUAAUAACAUUAGCUAUGAAGGCUUCAAAGUUCUAUCCAUAUCAUGGAAAAUUUGGGGUUUUUUUGUGCUUUGUUGUUUGGUUUGGGUUUUUGUUUGUCGUUUGUUUUUGCAUCAGGGUCUUCUGUAGCCCAGGCUGACCUCAAACUCACUGUGUACCAAAGAUGACCAUUGUGUUAUUGUUACUACUAUUAAGAUAUUUAUUUAGGCCAGGCGGUGGUGGCGCACACCUUUAAUCCCAGCACUUGGGAGGUAGAGCCAGGCGGAUCUCUGUGAGUUCAAGGCCAGCCUGGUCUACAAAGUGAGUUCAAGACAGGAUCUGGCUGUUGUAAAAACUCAGGCUAACCUUUUAUAUUCAUUUGAUUGUGUGUGCACACUGGCACAUAUGAGGAUCAGAGGAAACAUGGGAGGUGGUUCUUUUCCACCAGGUGGGCUCCAGGGCUCAGACUCUGGCCGUUAGGCUUUAUGGCAGGCACCUAGACAAGCUGAGCCAUCUUACUGGCGCCCAAGGAUUCCUAUGCUCCUCUUCCUCCUGUGUCUAUGUACUCCCCAAACCCCCAAGUCCUGGGAUACAAACAUGACCACCACACUCAGCUUCUAGGUUUGUUUGGUUUUGAUAGGGUCUCACUAUGUAGCUCUGACUGGUCUGAAACUUACUGUGUGGACAGUUCAGGCUAGCCUUGAACUCACAGAGAUCUUUCUGCUUCUGCUUCCCACAUGCUAGGAUUGAAAGCAUGCACCAUUAUAUCUGGUUAGUUUCUAAAAAUAUUUUAAGAGAACAUUUUCAGUGUACUUUCUGAUACUUUUCUGUUCAGUGUUUGGUGUAGAGACUUUAAGAAUCAGAAUUUUAGUGUAAAUUAGGCAUGGUGACAUAAGCUUAUAACCCCAGCAUUCAGGAAGUUUAGACAAGAGAACUGUAAGUUCAAGGAAAUCCUGGGCUACAAAGAUACUAACUCCCCUCCCCCACACACACACAAAAAAAAACUCUAAUAUGUUUUUAAUAGCAUCUAGUGGAUGUGAAUGAAAUCUAUAUAUAUGGAAAGACUAUAACCUGUAGCUGGAGAAUUUCCAGCUCCCAUCAAGUCCCGCCAGUCCUGGAGCCCACUUAUAAAAUAAACACACAGACUCUUACAUUAUUUAAACUGCUUGGCCAUUAGCUCAGGCCUAUCAUUGUCUAGCUCUUACUCUUAUACUCAGCCCAUUUCUAUUAAUCUAUACUUUGCCACGUGGCUCGUGGCUUAUCGGUACCUUACAUCUUCCUUGUCCUGGCGGCGGCUCCAGGCCAUCUCUCACUUCCCUUCCUGUUUCCUCAAUUCUCCUCUGUAUUAAUCCCGCCUACACUUCCUGUCUGGCUAUUGGCCAAUCAGUGUUUAUUUAUACAGAGCGAUAUCCACAGCAAUAACCCUUCAUGAAAUUGAGAGGAGUCUUGCUUGUUUGUUUGUUUGUUUGUUUUUGUGGUUCUGGAAGUCAAUUCUGGGCAAGCAUUCUACCACUAAGCUGUGUCUCCAAUCUUCCCUCCCCUCCUGCCUUAAGUUUCCAAGACAGGACUUGAACUUUCAGUCUUACUGGCUCAGCCUCCUGCGUAGCUGGGGUUGUAGGGAUGUGCUGUCUUAACUGGCUAAAAUUACUGGGGUUUCUUUUAAUGCUUCUUUUACUUUGAGGUCAUUGUAGAAUCACAAGCAGUUUGAGGAAAAUACAAUAAGACACUGUGUAGCCUUUUCCUGAUUUCCCCCAGCAUCUUGCUCAACACAACCCAGGAUCUUGAUUGACAGUCUUGCCAGGCUCUUGACACAGCCCACCAGCCUCCUUCAGAUUUCCCUCUUUAUCUGGAUGCAUGUAUUGGAAUGUGUGCUUAGCUCUGUGUGAUUUUGUCAUAUAUAGGUUACUGUCCCCUAUCCAUUUGUCAGCACCUCACGCAGCCUCCUGGUAUCCUUCAUCGCCCCGCCUACUAAGGAGAACCCAGCACUGAUGAGUCAGCGAGGGGAUUCCAGGAUGACUGGUGUGGACACGAGGAACAAAUGAUGGUGCCCACAAAGCAGCAAAUUCCAGCUCUACACUCAUGAUUAGGCAACACCUUGGGAGCCAAGGUCCGCAGCCUCCAUGUGAGACCUUUCUGUGCCUUGCAACAGCUCUGUGCAGUGUCCUUCUUCAGCUACACAGUCAGCGUGCUUCUGUGUUCGCUUUCUCUAUCUAAUUUGUUCCUCUAGUCUCUGCAGAUUCCAAGACAGCUCCCGCAUACAGAGGAGUCUGGCUCCACUUUCAACAGUACCAAGUCUGAGAAACCAAGCAGCUACCUGGAACUACUAUUAGAAGAAAGCUGGUAUUUUCAGCUGGGCCUGGUGAUGCCAGCCCAUGAUCCCAGAGACUCGCUUGUCUGAGGCAGGAGGAUCACAAGUUCAAGGUCUCCCUGAGCUACAGAGUGAGAUCAAGGUUUCACCGAGGGAACAUCUUAGAGAGUCAUUGUAUUUCUAAGCCUUCAAUAUUUACACCUUGGGGCUGUUGACUCUCUUACCAUAUACAUUUUGGAAUCAAAAUGGAAAGUGUCCAAGAAAUUUUGGACCAGUUAUACAAGAAAGUACUUCUUGGAGCCAUCCUUGAAGAUGAUGUCUAUGGUUACAUCCAUUAUCUCAACCCAGACCUCUCAGAACAAGCUGGCUAUACAGCUCCCUCUUUAGCUCAGUCUGAUGUCAAUGGUACACUUGAUGGUGUGCCAGGCCAGCAUGGGCCAUCCUCCAAUGAGCCAACCAACCUUCCUGAAGCACGGGAGUGUGCAAAGAGACACUUUCAGAUGAGCACGGCCCGGGAGGUGAAGCUCCUUCAGUUAACAGUGAUCAACGUGAUACUGAGCCGAGUGCUGUCUGCUGAAACUGAGACCCACGCAAAAGAGAAGUACAGAGAACUGAUUAAAGUCCUUUUGCAGUCAACUGAAGUCGAUUCCAAAUUGAUCUGGAUGCUCCAGAAUUCCGACAAGUUGUUGUCUCACAUGGCUGCGAAGUGCCUCUCAUCGCUCCUCUAUUUCCAACUGACAGAGAAGAUGAUGUUAAGCAAUCCCUGGAUCACUUUUUGCCAAAAGCAUCUCUCAGAAUCCUCUGGGAGCAGUGAAGCAGCACAUUGCCUCUGGAUUCUUACAGCUGUCAUAAAAGAAAUCUUUAGAGAAUCACAUUCACGGCAAGCAGAAAUUCUAAAGCAACUCUUGGUGCUUUUUGACAUUACUUUUGAAGUGUUCUACAAUUCCUUAUUUUCUCAGCAUUUUGGAAACUUCCAGAAUCCCUCUAACAUAGUCAACAGCCUGGUGUGCUUCCUGGAGCUGCUUGAACUUCUGAUAGCCUCCAGAAUCCACCUGAAAUUGCACUUUCGGAGUCAAAGGAUGCUGUUUUUGAAACCCCAUGCUCUAGAUAGUCUUGCCUGGCCUGUUCCAGCUUUUGUUAAAAGGAAAUUGGUUAUAGUCAUCAAAAAGUGCCUUCUUGGUAAAAUGGGGGAAGACCUCUGCCGUGGUUCUGUGCCUGCCCUGAUGUCACCAGACCACCUUCUGGACAGUGACGUGUUGGCCUUAGCUGAUGCUCUUCUGCACGCUGUGCAUCUGGGGUUGUGGAAGGAAUUGUCUGUGCCUGGAAAGCCGUCCUGCUUUGGAGGGGAUGAAGUUCAACCUGGAUGCCGACCCAGGUCUGGCCCUGAUCAUGUGACCCUGAGAGCAGCAAGCUUAAUUACAAUGAAAUCCUUAGAAAUCAAGUUCCAGAAUUGUACCUCAGCAACCGAAAUGAAAGUUGACUUGCAGAAGUUCAUGGCCGAGUUACUGACCUUCUUAAAGCCUCACCUUCAACCCUCUCUACAAUUACACAACCCAUGUGAAUGGCUGUCCAGGGUCUUUAUAGAGCAGGACGAUGAUAUGCUGGAGGCUGCCAAAGCAUCCCUGAGCAUCUACCUGCAGCUGACAAGAGGAGGAGACGAUGCUUCUGGAAGCCUGACCCAAGAAAAUGAAGCAUGGAUCCACUACACACAUAGAAACGGCUGUAAUCCUCAUUGUAUUUUCUUAUUCUUAUUAAAGAACAUAGUGUUCGAUUCUACAGUUCUUCUUGACUUCUUGAUUUCCUCCGAAACCUGUUUCCUUGAAUAUUUUGUUAAAUAUUUAAAAUUACUGCAGAAAGACUGGGGUCACUUCCUGUCCAUCUGCAAGUUUUUUGAUGCAGUUGAAUCACAACGUGGAGUAAAUACUAGAGGUCCUGUCUCCUCUCUUGUCCAAGACAGAGGCACCAGCCACAUAGUACCUGAUGCUCUGGCUUCUCCUGUUGGCCCCAGAAAUGCUUGCCCAUGUGUCCCCUGGGCUUCUGAUGCCUCCUCUGAAUCCCACAGCCAGGUUGUGAUGUCCAAGGAAACUCACACCGUGCCAGCUCAUGGCCCACCUUCCCAGCCACCACUGAGUCUGGUAGAUUAUGGUAGCUCAGAAGAUUCUGAUGAAGAAGCCACAAAUCAGCAUUUAGCAAACAGCAAACAGACACCUUUAUGUCAAGAAAUGAGCAGGGAAAUUCAACGCCUGCCUAGGACAUGUAAGGAUCAAAACAGACUUAGCGGGGAGCCUCAGCUGGGGCCUCUGCUUCCCCAAGAGUCUGGCCCUCCCUUCGGUGCUGCAGGGGACAUUGCUCCCAGUGGGACUGUCUGGGAAGUGGGAGUGUUGUUCAGAACAGUGAAAUGCCUUAAGGAGCUCCAGGGCGCUAUCUACCGUUUGCAGGAGAAAAGUCUCUUUCCAUAUAACCCAGCCGCUCUUCUCAAGUUGUUGAAAGGGGUGGAGGCAAAGUGUGAUGAAGUGUGAGCAUCGGUGACACCUCAGCAUUUGUCCUCAGGGUUUGUUUUCUCUGAUAUAAAUUGCAUGUCUGAGAUAAAUAAAGACAAACCAAAGCUG